AUGCCUGUCUCAGUCUCCUUACAUGAAGAUGCGACCCAAAAGCGUCCAGUGAGCUUGGCCUCUACCACCUCUUCUUCAGGCUCGUCCCGGGACAGUCAGGCCAUGGAAGAGUCCAGUGGAACCAGACCUGGAGCUGAGGGAGAGUCUGACUCUCCCCGUGCCUGUCAUAUCCCUAAUAACCAUAACAAUUCCAGCAGCUGGCUGAAUCUGAGAGGAUCUCUAAAAGGCUCACCAUUUAACACCCGAUCCACACCUGGGUCUGGAUCUGGACAUCUCAAACUGAGUUACCUGGGCCGAGUGGUGCGGGAGAUUGUAGAGACAGAGCGCAUGUAUGUACAGGACCUCCGAAGCAUUGUUGAGGAUUAUCUUUUGAAGAUCAUCGAUACUCCAGGGCUACUGAAACCAGAACAAGUCAGUGCGCUCUUUGGGAAUAUAGAAAGCAUCUAUGCACUGAAUAGUCAGCUAUUGAAAGACCUGGACAGCUGUAAUAAUGACCCGGUGGCUGUGGCUAAUUGCUUUGUAGAAAGGAGCCAAGAGUUUGACAUUUAUACCCAGUACUGCAACAACUAUCCAAAUUCAGUGGCAGCUUUAACUGAAUGUAUGAGAGACAAGCACCAAGCUAAGUUCUUCCGAGACCGACAAGAGGUCUUGCAGCACUCUCUGCCACUGGGCUCUUUUCUGCUGAAGCCUGUCCAAAGAAUUCUCAAGUACCACCUCCUUCUUCAGGAAAUUGCCAAGCAUUUCGAUGAGGAGCAGGAUGGCUUUGAGAUGGUUGAGGAUGCGAUCUAUACCAUGACUUGUGUGGCCUGGUACAUCAACGACAUGAAAAGGAAGCAUGAGCAUGCUGUCCGACUCCAGGAAAUCCAGUCACUCCUGAUCAAUUGGAAGGGGCCAGAUCUGACGACCUAUGGAGAGCUGGUCUUGGAAGGCACUUUCCGUGUGCAUCGUGUGCGGAACGAGAGGACUUUCUUCCUCUUUGACAAGGCAUUGUUCAUUACCAAGAAGCGAGGGGACCACUUUGUCUACAAAGGUCACAUCCCGUGUUCCUCCCUGAUGCUGAUUGAGAGUACCAGAGAUUCUCUGUGUUUCACGGUCACUCACUACAAGCACAGCAAGCAGCAGUAUAGUAUCCAGGCCAAAUCAGUAGAAGAGAAACGGGUCUGGACCCAUCACAUCAAGCGGUUGAUCCUAGAGAAUCACCAUGCCACAAUUCCCCAAAAGGCUAAAGAAGCCAUCUUGGAAAUGGACUCCUAUUACCCCAAUCGAUACUGCUACAGCCCAGAAAGGCUGAAAAAGGCUUGGUCUUCCCAAGAUGACAUGCCCUCUCAAGUGCGUCAGUAUCGACGACAGUCUGAACCCACCAAACCGCUUCUCAGGCAGAUGAAUGAGAAAGGUGAGGCCUCGGGUCUCAAGGUUAAAGGGCAUGAUGAGUAUGAGGUGGCCAAAGGCUAUAAGAGGCCCAGCGGUCAGUCUUUAACUAGCCCUGAGAAGCGCAUGAGCUUCAAGUCUGUCUCUCCGCAGACAGAGGCUGAACCAGAAACUGAGCCUGAAGCCAGGCAAGCGCUAUUUCCAGCCAUCAAAGGUAAUAGCAGAGAAGUGAUGCAGUCAGACCCAGAAUCAUCAUGCCUUCUGGAACAGCACCACGAAGAGGUGCUACGAUCUGACCAUCCAGGCAAAAUGGUUGACCAUGCUGGUGCUGAGAGCACAGAGGACCUUAAAAACCUCAGCAGUGAGGAAGAGGAGGAAGUGGCAGGGUCAGAGCCAGAGAGCAUUCUGCCAACAUCUGUGCUGGACCAGGCGAGCAUCAUCGCCGAAAGGUUCGUCAGCACCUUCUCCCGACGGAACAGCCUGGCUCUGGAGGAUGGCAAGGCCAGUGGCUUUAUAACUCCCCGGCUGGCCAGUCGGAGCAGCAGCGUCCGUAGCCUUGAUGGCAUCGAGAAGGGGCCGGCUGGCCAUUGCAGCAACACAGACUCACUCAGCUCCUUUCUGCCCCUAGAAGCCGAGCCUGAUGUUGGGGUGGCUUCAGAGAGCAGCUCUACGCUCCCUCGAGCCAUGUCUCUAAGCCCCAGCUCCUCAGGAGAGCCUGAAAGGCUCUUUAGCAAGAAGGAGGACACCCUUUCUACCCGAGACCGACUGCUGCUUGACAAGAUCAAGAGCUACUACAAGCACGCAGAGCACCACGACGCGAGCUUCAGCAUCCGGCGCAGGGAGAGUCUUUCGUACAUUCCUAAGGGCUUGGUAAGGAACUCCGUGUUCAGGUUCAACAGCCUUCCCAGGCCAGAUCCUCAACCGGUGGCCCCUCGUGGGCGAAAAAGACUGGAUGGUUCUCGACCUGCCUCUUGGACUCUCUUUGACCUCCCUGGACCGGGCCAGCCUGCUUCUAGGGAUCCUGCCCCCAUCACGGAUGCUGAAUUCCGCCCAUCAUCAGAAGUAGUGAAGAUGUGGGAAGGAAUGGAGUCCUCUGGGGACGUCUACAAGAACUCACCCACGAGGAACAAGACGGAAUCAGGCCUGAGCCAGGAGAACGGCUUUGAGCUGCAUGAGCCGCUCUUCAUCCUGGAGGAGCACGAGCUGGGCGCCAUCAGUGAGGAACCGACGGGAGGCUCCCUGGAGGGCAUUCCCCUUACUGACCGAGCUGGCUCUGUCCAGCUGGCCCGGGAGCUAAAAGAGCUGGUGAAGGAGCUGAGUGGCAGAGAUGAAGAGAUACCAAGUACGCUGCACCCUCACAUCAUGCAGCUCUCCCACAUGAUGGACAGGGAUCUAACAGAAUGUGUCAAGAACAAGGUGUACCAGCUCGCCCGUCAGUACAGCCUCAGGAUCAAGAGCCAUAAACCCGUGGUGCCUCAGCGAAAGAAGGCAGAGCCAGGCCAAGAGAAGAACCUGGCCUUGCCCCAUCUGCAGGAGGAGAUACGAGAGCUGCCUUACAGAGGGAAAAAGAAGCCAUUGCUGUCCCUCUCAAAUAGCGACCAGGUCAUGGUCUUGGAGCACAGUUCCUCCAAGUCCGCCUCCACAGGGGAGAAAUCGCCUCGACGCUUCUACAGUCCCCCUGGCUUGAAGGCUGUUUCUCCUGGAGGCUGGACCUCUAACCGCAGUCCCCUCAGCCCCGCCGACACAGAAACCUUCCACUGGCCGGACGUCCGGGAGCUCUGCUCCAAGUACGCUUCCUUUGACGAGGCGACUCAGGCCAGACAAGGCCAGCGCCAAGGAUACCCUGUCAACCGGAGCCUCUCGGUACCAGAGAACAUCAUGGAGCCGGCUCCGGCGGGGAGGGUAAAUCGCUGUUGCAGCCUGAACACCAGCCCGGGCAGAGGAGCCCCGGACAUGGCCCAACUUCGGUCUCAGAAGGAUCUUUUUUCACUUGGCUCUUCCCCCACCCUAGGGCAGGAAGGAGAUGAAGCCUUGUACCUCACCGCAGACCUGACCCUGGAGAAUAACCGUCGGGUCAUCAUCUUGGAGAAGGGGCCGCCGCUGCUGGCAGGGGAGGAGGAGGAAGAUGGCUGUGUGCGAAUCCAGUUGCCUGCUUCCCAGGAGAUCUUGAAGGCCGCCGUAGAACGAUGCAAGGUUUACCAAGACUCCAAAGAGUUCUUCUGGCAAGAAGAGGGGGCCCGGGGCCCUCAGCAACUAGGGCAAGGGGAUCCGGCAGAUCUGAGCCAACAAGGCCGAGUGAGAAACCUGAGGGAAAAAUUUCAGACCUUGAACUCGAAUGGUUGAACGAAGGUCUUUUGGGAGAAAGGACGGGAAGCAUUGCCGCGAUGAGGGGACUGCGUCUGACGGACCUUCUCCAACUUCCCUCACCAUGUCCCGACUCCUUGGCUUCCCAGAUCUGCCGGCCUUCCUUCUGAUGUCAGACUGUGUGGAGUAACAACCUUUGGAUGUGCUGCGCUUGCAUCUCUCUUCAUCCUUCUAUGUGGGCGCUUGUGCUGAUGGUAUCUCUGGCCCGCUGCCUUUGUGCUGAGGAUUCAAAAGCUCCCCAGGGGCUGAGACCAGACUCCAGGCUGCUGUAGACAGAAACCUGUGUGGCUAUUUCCCUUUUAUAUAUUUUUCCCUUUUGGUGUAAGACCAGAUAUAUAUAAGCUCACUUCUUUCGAGGGAGAGGUGCCCACGGGCCCUGGUCUGCAUCUUGCCAGCCACUGCCAGGCUGAAGAAUGUGCCCAGAAGAAAAAUUUACCGAAUGCUCCUAUUCCAGGGACUUGGGCAGAAAAGAGAAGUCUGGGACUUGAACAAUAAUUUAUUAUUUUCCAUCCUGUGGGGUGUGUAUGUUUGUAUGUUUGUAUGUAUGAUUUUUUUUUUUGUUUAUUUUGUUCUUCCCCUUUCCUGUUUUUAAGAAUGUAAUUGACUCAGUCCAGGUACUUUUGAGGGUUGCUUUGCUGACCCAAUGGAUGUUUCUAAUGUAUACAAAUUUCAUCCCUUGCCAAUGGUGCAAUAACCACUGCUGACCAGCCAA